AUCGACUCGGCCUGGUGUUGCGCUGCGAUUUCCACCGCUCAUUCCAUCGCCAUGAAGCUCUCCAAUCAGUCGGAAGUCCCCGUGUACACGAUCUCGGGGUCCAAUACUGCCCGCGAGCUCCCGGAAUGGCUCGCCAGGCGAAGAAAGAGAAGUCUGAAGAAUGAUCCGGAGUGGGCGAACAGAGUGGAAUUGUUGCAGGAUUUCGGUUUCGAGGAGGCCAGUCGUUGCAUUCGGGUUAGUGAAGAUGGAGACUGGGUCAUGAGCACAGGGACGUAUAAGCCGCAGAUGCAUGUACAUUCGCUACAAGCCCUUUCCCUGAGUUACGCGCGCCACACGGAUGUUGAAAACACUACCUUCCUUCUUCUAUCCUCGGAUUAUUCCAAGUCUCUCCACCUCCAGUCCGACCGCUCCCUCGAAUUCCACACUCCCUCAGGAAUGCACCACAAGACGAGGCUUCCCAGAUACGGACGUGAUCUGGUAUACGAUAGACAGUCGACCGAAGCGUUAGUGCCAUCGGUGGGUGUCAAUAGCGACGGCAUGGGAGAGGUGUUCCGACUGAACCUGGAAAUGGGACGUUACAUGCGAAGCUUUGAGGUCGAUGUGGGCGGUGAUGACUUUACGUCUGCUGGUGGAGGUACAUUGCAGGGUGGAAUCAAUACUGGCGCUGUCAAUACGGGAGCGAUUGCCGAGGAAAGUCACAACCUUCUUGCCUUCGGUACCUCCAACGGCACGGUCGAAUUCUUCGAUCCUCGGAUGAGAAGCCGAAUUGGAACUCUAGUAUCCCCUGCGCAUGGUCCCGACGAGUCGCGACAGGAGAUCACGGCGCUGGAAUUUCACAGAUCUGGCUUGACCCUCGGUACGGGUUCGUCAAAUGGUCUCAUCUUCCUCUAUGAUCUGCGCAUGUCCCGACCCAUGUUGAAGAAGGAUCAGGGAUACGGCUUCCCUAUUCACACACUGAAAUUCCUCCAGCCCUCCACCGCCUCCCGCGAACAGACCCUGGAACCCAAGAUCAUGUCGGCAGAUAAGAAAAUCAUCAAGAUCUGGGACCCUCGUGAUGGAAGCCCAUGGACGUCUGUCGAGCCUGCGGUCGAUAUUAACUCGGUGGCUUGGUGCAAGGAUAGUGGUAUGCUUCUGACAGCCAACGAAGGACCUUUGCAGCAUUCGUUCCUGAUUCCCCAGCUUGGCCCAUCGCCACGCUGGUGCUCAUUCCUCGACAACCUCGUCGAAGAAAUGGCAGAAGACCCGAACGAUCCCAACGCAUUCAACCCCGGCCAGGCGGGCUCUGUCUACGACAACUACAAGUUCUUGACCGUUCCUCAACUUCGUACCCUCAACUUGGAGCAUCUCAUUGGCCGUACCAGCCUUCUGCGGCCUUACAUGCACGGUUACUUUGUCGCCCAGCAACUGUACGAAGAGGCCAGACUUAUCACCAACCCCUACAUGUGGGAAGAAGAGCGUGCCAAGCGUGUUAGGGAGAAGAUCGAGAAGGAGCGCGAGAGCCGCAUUCGUGGCAAGAAGAAGGCCGCCGUCAAGGUCAACCAGAGACUCGCCGAAAAGCUGCUCAGCAUCGAGGAGAAGAACGAGCGCAAGAGGGCGCAGCGUGUCCUCAAGAGGGGCGGUGACGAUGACAUGGUCGAUGCUCCUCCUGCACCCGCUACUGAGGAGCCAGACAAGAACCCUCUGGGCGACUCUCGUUUCGCCAAGCUCUUCGAGGACGAGGACUUUGCCAUCGACGAGACGUCGCGCGAAUUCCAGCUUCUCAACCCCAGCACUGCGCCCGAGGCUGGUCCGCGUAAGGAGAGAGGCCUCACCGCCGUCGAACAAGAGAUGGUCGACGACGUCCGAGGCAGCUCCGACAGCUCCGAGUCCGAGAGCGACGGCGAGCAAUACAGCACCAAGAAAGCCACUUCGAACAACAAGAUCUCCACCGCCUCCUACCGGCGCAACAAGCAGGGCCGCAACCAGCAACAGCCGCGCAUGGAGGUCUCCUCCUCCACCAACGUCAGCUCGACCCGUGACCGUUCCUUCGGAUCGCGCGCCCAGAACAUGCGCACCAGAGAGAAGCCCUCCCGCCGGGGCGGUGUCGUCGGCGAGCGCGAAGUCACCUUCACCCCCGGCGCUGGCAAGCAGCAGCAGAAGAAGAGCUUCAGCCGACCCGAACAACCCUCCUCCUCCUCCCAUGCUUUCCGGGCCAAAGAGCGUCGCAGCGCCUCCGGUAAUACUUUCCGCAAGAUGUAAUCCCAUCUGUUCCAACCUCUCGAGCCCUGCGGACCUGGCUAGAUUGUUCGGUCACCUACUGCUGCUAGUGCUCCUGCUACGCUGGCUUCCGUCAUGCUACAUGCCCAAGCCCAGGCCCAGGCCGUGCCGCAGCUUCUCAGGCCCCUCAGCUGCGCCGCCCACACUGAUCUGACCUUUGUCAUCAUCGUCCGGGAUAAACUGCUGACCGACCCCUCUCAAGGGAGUGGGGAGCAACGCACGUCACAUGAUACAUAAUACCCGCUACUCCUCCGAUCGUCCCCAAACCCACCGAUCUACCAAUACUAUAGUACCACCCCAA